AUGCCUAGGAAGAAGCAGGAGAGCGUGACUAGCAGUAUGAUGGGCUAUGAAUACAGCCGGAGUGGAAACCCUACCCGGAACUGCCUGGAGAAGGCUGUGGCAGCGCUGGAUGGAGCUAAAUACUGUUUAGCUUUUGCUUCUGGUUUAGCUGCUACUUUGAAUAUUACUCACCUGUUAAAGGCAGGGGACACGAUUAUCUGCAUGGAUGAUGUCUAUGGAGGCACAAACAGAUACUUUAGGCAAGUAGCCAUGGAAAUGGGCUUGAACAUAGUUUUUGUUGACUGCACAAAAAAGGAAUGCCUGGAAGCUGCAAUUACACCAAAGACCAAGCUGGUUUGGAUUGAGACACCCACAAACCCCACGUUGAAGGUCAUUGACAUCAGGGCCUGUGCAGAUGUGGUACAUAAGCAUAAAGGUGUUCUUCUCGUGGUAGACAACACUUUUAUGUCUGCGUAUUUCCAGCGCCCACUGUCCCUGGGGGCUGAUAUCUGUAUGUACUCUGCAACCAAGUACAUGAACGGGCACAGUGAUGUGGUAAUGGGACUUGUUUCAGUAAACUGUGACAAACUCUACGAAAGGCUCAAAUUCCUACAAAACUCCCUGGGAGCUGUUCCAUCCCCCUUCGACUGUUACCUGUGCAACCGAGGCCUGAAGACCCUCCCCAUCCGGAUGAAGCAGCAUUUCCACAAUGCUCUGGCUGUUGCCCGGUUUCUGGAGUCAGAUCCCCGGGUGGAGAAAGUCAUUUACCCAGGUUUGCCUUCACACCCUCAGUACGAGCUGGUGAAGCAGCAGUGCUCGGGCUGCCCCGGGAUGGUCACCUUCUACAUCAAAGGAAGGCUGGAACACGCUGCUACCUUCCUCAAGAACCUAAAGGUUUUUGCCCUGGCUGAGAGUCUGGGAGGGUAUGAAAGCCUAGCAGAGCAUCCGGCCCUCAUGACUCACGCGUCGGUGCCUGCAGAAGACAGAGCAGCUCUUGGGAUCAGUGACACAUUGAUCCGCCUGUCGGUUGGGCUGGAGGAUGAAGAAGACUUGCUGGAAGACAUAGAUCAGGCUCUAAAAGCUGCGUUUGCAGGCCACAAGGCUUGA